AUGGAAGUAGCAGCACAUGUGGACGACUAUAAUGCGUCAUUCCGUGAUACGGUAUGGCUCCAAUCCUUUCCUUUAAAUCCACAGACAGUAUUGCACUACUUUGCACUAUCUCCAUUCUACGAUCGCUCGUGUAAUAAUGAACGCCUCAAGAUGCAGCGCCUAGGACUUGAUCAGCUCAAGAAUUUACGUGGUGUUGAGUACGAAUUACUGCCAAAUGUGGCAAAGCAAUUACCACAACAGAUUUUUAUCAUUCGUAAGCAACGACGCAGUGGACGCACGCAAGUUGAGCCAUUAGCCAUUUAUUACGUACUAGACGGGACUGUAUACCAGGCACCUAAUAUUCACGCAAUGCUCACGUCUCGUCUUAAAAAAUGCAGCUAUCGGGUGAAUAAAGCAUUUCAUGGACUUGCAGCGGGCGUGCGCUUUAGCCCCACGGAAGGUUAUGCAUGGGACUUUAGCUCCAAGGACAAGAAGGAGCCUGUUAUUCCAUCGGAGCAGCUACAGCUGAAACUGAAGCAGAAAUAUGAAAAAAUGGAGAAACAGCGCGAGCACUCGGCGCGUGUUGACUCUAUCUUGAUUCAGCUUAUGAAGAAACAUGCACCGGAAAUUGCUGAAAAGUUAGAGAACAACAAUGCGUCAGCUGUAGCAGCGACAGAAGAUUUGCCACCCAUGAGCGCAGUAAAGAGCGAAAUUGAGGGUGCUGGUGAAACCGACACUACCAAGCGACAGAAAGUGGCAUAA